UAUUUUGGGUGGGGCCUCAGACCUUAACCAUUGAGCCUUAUAUCCCCAUUCGUAUUUUCCUUCUUCUCUUGCUUCCGUGACUUGAGAAAAAACAAAUUAGGGUCUUCAACGUUUCAUCCAGACAUGGGAGGAGGCAAUGCACAAAAGUCAAAGAUGGCUCGUGAGAAGAACCUCGAGAAGCAAAAGGCCGCAGGAAAGGGAAGCCAGUUGGAAUCAAACAAGAAAGCAAUGACGAUUCAGUGCAAGGUGUGCAUGCAAACAUUUAUGUGCACCACAUCGGAAGUGAAGUGUAGGGAGCAUGCUGAAGCAAAACACCCUAAAUUUGAUGUUGAUGCUUGUUUUCCUCAUCUGAAGAAGUGAACAAUAUUGGGGAGCACAAAUGGGAGAAAACUUGAUAUCAUUGUGGCCUCUUCCUAAACCUAUUCAAAGAGAAAUUCCUCAUUUUCUAUUUAUAUCAAAUGUGUCUCUCUGUGUUUGUGCCUUGGGAAUUAGGAGGGACAAGGAGAGUAGGGCGUUUUUAUUAUGAUUUCCCUUAAUGACAGGGCAAAAAACUGUGUGAUGCUUUCUCUUUCUUUUCUGUCCAAAUGUAACUGUCUAAUGAUUGGUCGUGUUAAUAUUAAAGUGUGUUACAGAAACUUAAAUUCUACUCUUAUCAUGGGAAUUAUUUGACUAUC